AGAAGCGGAAACGGAAGCUAAAGGACGAGUAAAAGAGAAAACAACGCCAGAGACUUUGUGAGUCAGUUGCUGUCGAAAACAGCAGAAGGACCUAAAAGUGUAGUUGUAAAUGUGUGAGAAUGUGUGACGUGCAGGAGCUCAUGUGUCUGAUCCAGCAGCAACAGGCUGCUGCGGCUCGAGACACAGUGGAACUGUUUGAAAGGACGUUAGCGGCGCACGAGGAGCAGCUGCGGCAGUUAAGAGAGGAGAACGAGCGGCAGAGAAAGCAGCUGGACGCUCUUUUACAGCCUCAAGUUCGACUAGAAAGAGCAGUGUUGCCUCAGCAGCUGCUGGUGAGUAAAGAAGAGGUUCCCCCUGAGCAGCAGGAGUGCAGCCCCAGUGUGGAGCAGGAGGAGCCAGAGCCCCCCCACAUUAAAGAGGAACAGGAGGAGCUCAGUAUCACCAAGGAUAUCCCAUUCACUCCUGCCCCUGUGAAGAGUAAAGAUGAUGAAGAGAGAGUUCAGUCCUCACACCUUCAUCAAAGCCAAACUGAGGAGAACAGAGAGGCAGAGCCUCCGGCCAGCAGCUCCACUGAAACAGAAGCUGAUGAAGAGGAUUUCCAAGCAAGUAGUGAUGGCCAGCUGCUCUCUUCACACUCCUCUGAAUCUGAGACUGAAGACAGUGAAGAUGACUUGGAGGAGACUGGAGAGCCUCAGUCAGGUUUAGCCUCAGUGAGUGAAGUCCUUUUCAGCCAUGACAGAUCUGAGGCUGGAGAGGAGUCGUCUUCCUUCUCUGUGAAGAGAGAGAAACCAUUCAGCUGCUCAGUUUGUGCUAGGAGAUAUUGGCAUAAAACUCACUUAAACAAACACAUGAAAGACCACAACAAACCAUUCAGCUGCCCAGUUUGUGCUAAGAGAUUUGCACGGAAAUUUUACCUAAAGAAACACAGGAGAGUCCACAAAGAAGAGAAACCUUUUUGCUGCUUAGUCUGCGCUAAGAGCUUUACACUUAAAACUCACUUAUACAAACAUAUGAAAGUCCACAAAAAAGAGCAACCUUUUAGCUGCCCAUUCUGUGCUAAGGAAUUUUCAAUCAAAAGUCUAUUAAACGCUCAUAUGAGAGUCCACACAGGAGAGAAACCUUUCAGCUGCUCAAUAUGUGGUAAACAUUUUUCACGGAAAUCUGGCUUAAAUGCACACAUGAGAAUCCACACAGAAGAGAAACCUUUCAACUGCUCAAUUUGUUGUAUCAGUUUCAGACAGAAAUAUAACUUAGAUGCACACUUGAGUAUCCACACAGGAGAGAAAAAUUUGAGCUGCUCAGUCUGUGCUAAGAGAUUUACAGGGAAAAGUCAAUUAAAAAUUCAUAUGAGAGUCCACACAGGAGAGAAACCUUUUCGCUGCUCACUUUGUGGUAGACGUUUUACACAGCAAUCUGACUUAAAUACACACAUGAGUAUCCACCCAGGAAAGAAACUUUUCAGCUGCCGAUUCUGUGCUAAGAAAUUUAUAUGGAAAAGUCAAUUCAAGGUUCAUAUGGUACGCCACAUAGCAGAGAAACGUUUCAGCUGCUCAAUUUGUGGUAUCAGUUUCAAACAGAAAUGUAACUUAAAUGCACACAUGAGUAUCCACACAGGAGAGAAACCUUUCAGCUGCUGAGUUUGUGGUAAAAGUUUUAGAAAGAAAUGUUCCUUAAAUAUACACGAGUGUCCACUCAGGAGAGAAAACUUUUAGCUGCUCAAUUUGUAAACAAUUUACACAGAAGUGUAGCUUAAUCACACAAGAGUCCACACAGGAGAGGAAUCUUUUAGCUGCUCAAAUUGUGGUAAAUGUUUCACUCAAAAAAAAUAAAGAAACACAUGAUUGUCCACUCAGGACAGAAACCCUUUAGCUGUUCAGUCUGUAAUCAGAAUUGUACAUGUAAAAGUCACAUAAACAGACACAUGAGAAUCCACUCAGGAGAGAAACUGGGCAGCAGUUUCUGCAGGCAUGACCGUGUUAAAAGUCUUAAGUGUGUUGGUGAGAGCAGCAGCAGCUGAAGCUGCAGAUCUGCUGCUUGAACUGAAUUGUUCAACAGGACAACAAACUAGAAAACAUGAUGACUGUCCAUGACUCAGGACGAGGAAACUCAAACUCUUCUCAGUCAGUGUUGUUGUUGGAGAUGCAGCCACAUGUGAACACUGCUCACACACAUCUUGUGUUAAUGCAAGCUCAUUGAAGAGAGAAAUUCUUGUUGUUGCUGUCCGGCUCAAAUUCAGGUUUAUGUUCCCUUGUCACUUUGAUCAUCUGAUACAUGUAAGUUAAUGUUCUGGCCAGCAACUCAACAUUUGUCAUUCUUUAUUGGAAUUAUAUUCUUAGACAUCAAUGUAGUUUAUUGUAGUACACACUUUGUUUUCUGCAUUAAUAACAAGGAACUGUUCAGGAGGUGUCACAGUUUCUCCAAAUUUCAAAGCAAUAUGACAGAUUGACAGAUGGAAUGUUGACAGAUGAACAAAGGAAUGGCAAUUUUCACAAUAUGUGGUAUUGUACUUCACAUUGUAACAUGUUUCUGUGUGGUGAACAUCAGUUUGGUUAUUGAUGAGGUGAUGUUGCAGAUGUAAGCAUGUUGCCUUUUUACAAAUAUAUAGUUUGAAGUGCAGAGUGUUUCUUCCUGUGUCUUGUUGUGGACAGUCUUCUCAUGAACCUUCCACCCAUGUUGAUUUUUGUAUUGUUUUCAUUAUGUGUAUAUGAGGUAAAAUCUGUUCAUUGUACUUUCUUUUUUUUGCACAGUAUGUGAUAUCAGGAGGAAAAAGAACGCAUUAAUAGGUGAAGUCGUAAUCACAGAGCAGGUGUGUUUACUGAAACACAUUUUUUUUAGUUUCACAUUUAGCGUACGAUGAAUCCAUUAGAUUGUUUGCCUGUAAAUUAUUGUUUUGAUGUCAGCAGGUGUGAACUAUUCAUAUAACUAUUCAUACUUAAAUAAAUGCAUUUAGUUAAGUCACUA